AUGGCUGUAAAUAAGGAUUGAAGGUUUUAUUGUCAAUUGGAGAUUAAUAAAAAUUAUAGUAAAACGAAAAUUUGAUAUUAAGAUAAUGAAGUCAAAACGCGUAAUUUCCAGAGAUGGUUAUCUGUAAGUUUUCAUAAAUUUUGCGUUCUGUACGGCAGUUUGAAAAAUUAUAUGGUCUAAAAAUGACUGUAUCGUACACCAAGGAUGUAACUACAAGUACUGGAUUGGGCUGUUUUCUUAAACUUCUAGGGAGAUGGCGUGGAAGUAUUUAUAAAAUCGUAUGGCCCAAUCUACUACUCUUUCUCGGUAUUUACUAUGGGUUAAAUUUUAUAUACCUAUACGCUUUGGACGCAACAUGGAAAGGGUAUUUUGAGAGAAUGGUGACUUAUUGCGCCAAAUAUGGAGGACUUAUACCUCUCAGUUUUGUCUUAGGUUUUUACGUAAACAUAGUGUAUACCAGAUGGUGGAGUCAGUACACUUAUUUGCCGUUUCCGGACAAUCUAGCAAUAUUAGUUGCAGCUACUAUAAAAGGGCAGGACGACCGAGCGAGAGUAGUUAGAAGAACAAUAGUGAGGUAUGCCUGUUUAACAUUUACACUGACUCUAACCAUGAUGUCUCCGAAAGUUAAAAAACGAUUUCCUACAUUAAAUCAUCUCGUGGAGGCAGGGUUAAUGACUCCGCAAGAGAAAAACCUGCUAGAACAGAUAGAUAACGAUUUUCCACCUUAUUCAAAAUAUUGGCUGCCACUAGCUUGGGCAGCUAGUGUGACAACCAGAGCAAGGCACGAAGGUGAAAUAACCACCGAUCUUGGCAUGAAAGGCAUAUUAGAUGAAUUAAAUGGUUUUAGAACUAAUUGUGGACGACUGUUAGACUUUGACUGGAUUAGUAUUCCUUUGGUGUACACACAGGUGGUUACUUUGGCUGUUUACGGUUACUUUCUAGUAACAGUUAUCGGAUAUCAGUUCAUCUCGGAAACUACAGAUUUAAAAGAGAUAAUUAUAUUUAGCUUUCCCUUUAUGCCAAUCAUUGAAUUUUUCUUUUAUGUUGGAUGGCUGAAAGUUGCUGAAACUCUCAUCAAUCCGUUCGGAACCGACGAUGAUGACUUUGAAGUAGUAUGGAUGAUUGACAGGCAUAUUCAGGUAUGUUUUCUACUUGUAGACAAAAUUCAUCAAGAUCACCCGACAUUGGGCAAAGACGCCUACUGGGUGCAAACUGCCCCAUCCAUUUUACCCUUCACCGUUGCCUCACAGGAAUAUAUGAGGGAAUGUCCGGAGUGGUCUACGGAGUAUAUGCAUGUUAAGAAUACUGAUCAAGACUUUAUUAUACCGGAAUAUGUAACACAGCAGAAAUAUGUUUUUCAGGGUGAUUCACAGAAAAGUGAUGCACCACUGUCGAUCAUUUUAGGUAGGGAACUUUGGAAGAGGUUGUUCGUAAGAAAGGGAAGCGGUAUCGGAGGAUUCCAACUAAAAAGAGUUGGCGGUCAUGUGGAUGAUAGUGAUAUCGAUGAGAUAAACUCUUAUGAACAAUCCGGCCCAAAUAAAGUGAAUAUAUCUCCGUUAAAUAGACCACGGACCGAACAUUCCGACGAGUUCGAGAAGCUACGGAAAGAAAGAUUGAUCAGUCGGAAGGAAAAGUUACUUAAAUCUAUCGAUCUACUGAAGCUUGAUGCUGAGGAGAGAAAGAAAAUUAUAGACGACUUAGUCAAAUAAAAAAUUCCAGUACCAGAAGAUUGUUAAUAUGUACAAAAAAGUUUUAUUGCAGGAUGUUCUACAUAUCAUCAGUCAAUUUACGGAGACGAAGCUAUCUUCACUUCUUUGCCGGUGGAUUUUAAAACUUCUAGUACUUCUUCUGGAGACAAAGUCGUUUUCACCUGUACCUGUUGCUCCUCAAACAUCACAUUAUAUUCUUUGAUUCCUUUAUCUGAAAAUAAUGUCUAAAUUUGGUGUACAUCGAUUUAAUUUUAUCGUUCGCAGAAUCAACAGAAACCAAAACGUAUUGUUACAUUUGAACACUUCAGUAAAUUAAACAUUAAAAAACAGUUUCAAACUUUU